AUGCAGUCGACAUUGGAGGCUAAUCGCGUUUCGAACUGGACGGUGGCUCUGAUGCUGGGUGCUUCGGCUGCUCUACGCAGUGGUUCACAAGGUGGUAUCGUUGGCGAACUUCCUUUUUGUGAUUUGGUGUUGACCUUGGACACAAAGCGUAUAACGAAUGGCGAGUCUGGCGAGAACGUCUUUUAUGGUCUUGACACCCAUUGGGCCCGCAUGGUCAUCAAGUCAUUUCGUUCACGGCGUUUGGAGUUUUCCUAUGUGUUGCUUGACGACAAAAUGAAGUGUCCCCAUCAGCAGUGCGAGAAUCAUGGUUGUCUUAUGGCUCGUGAUCCUUUGUAUGAGAAGCGGAUGAAGAUGCAAAAGCGACAAAAUCAAUCAAACCAAUCAAGCACUAUGACAGCCUAUGGUACCGAGACUUUGGCACAGCCAGGAGAUGAAGAUUUAAGCGAGAUGCGUUCACCAGUGCAAGAGGCAGCAGCAGCAGCAAUCGAUAUGAACGGUGGUAUCGGCAUUCACCAAUCUGAUGAGCCAAAGGUAGUGCCUGAGACGGGUUCAAUGACUGAUCCAACGGGAGAUCAUUCAGCAUCAAUUCAACCCAACAUGUUGUAUGGCCUAUGCAAGGACUAUCAUGGCGACGAUGGUGAUUACAAGGUUAUCCAUAAAUCAUCAUGCAUCGAGAAAAUGACGAUCGACAUCCGCGCCAUUGAGUUUUUAAGCGACCAACUUCGUGAAAGGCUCCGAGGCAAACCGUAUCUAGCCGCUCAGGAAAUUUGUCACGACAUCAUUAAGCAGAUGUGUGUUGAUGUCUUCAACAACAAGAAUAAGGACGUGACUCCAUGGGACAGGCGUAUCAUUACACGAGUGACAAAAUUGAUGGAGGAGUAUCCGCAUUUGCCAAAAGACGAGGCCGUCAGCGUAUGGAACGAGGCUAUGGAUCGUAUUCAUUCACGCAUACCUGAGAUGCUUCGGCGUUUGGGACUCGAGACAUUUGAAGUUGAGGGGGUGAAUUACUCGAUUGACGAUCUUUCAGGUGCAUUUCUUGUCUAUUUUGGUAUCAAACGAGCCAUAGCCAUGUCCGACAGCUUAUACAACGACGAAUCCCUCAUUUUUAUGGGAUACAACGCCUCCACUGGACAUGAUGUCAUUCGUGAUCUCACUGAGGUGCCGUCUCAGAAUGUCGAUGGUUUUUCAAGCAGAUUGGUCAUUGAAAGCACUUCCAAAGUACGUGUGGUGGAAAAAGAUAUCGAACCAAGUCAUAUCUUUCGUUUGGCCAUUGUCCUCGAUACCGUUAUUUCCGUUGCUAUCAUGCUGUUGACUUUUAUCGGCCCGAUGCUUAGCAUGUAUGGUGCGCGCUUAUGGACAUCGUCUUACCGUGAAAGUUAUAUGCGAAUGGGUACCACCAUGCGUUGGUCGGUGUCGCAAGUAUCAAUGAUGCAUUCAGGAACAGCUCGUGAUGAUUGGAUGGUGUGCAUCAAACCGGUGAAACGUCGCGAUCGCUAUGCUCAGACGUUGGGCUUCUUUCUUUUGUCUUUUGCGGCCUCUGUGACUACCAUCAUCCUAUGGCCAUUCUUUCAUCCCACCCUCGCUUUUCCUUUAAGCACCUUUAGCCGUGCCAUUUGCAUCAUCAGCUGUGUCGUUGGUGUUCCAUGGGUUAUUCUCGCGCAAACCGUAUUCAAGGAGAAGGCAGCUGAAGAUGAUGACGAAAACAACAAAGAAGCUAAAAAAGGACUAUUAUCAAAGAUAUUCAGCAUACGUUCGGUGCACUCCGUUAUCAACAUUGGCUUUGUUUCGCUUCUCAUCAUUUUCGCUGGCAUUGAGGUGGAACGUUCUUGGCUGUAUUUAUAUGUGCUAGAAGCUAUUUACGCGUUUCAAUGGCUAUGCGGUGAAUUGACUGACGAAUGGGUAUACGAAAGCACAGCACUCUUCAUGCUUGGUGCACUUAGUGCAUUACGAUUGACCAAUCUUCCUGCAUCAUAA